ACGUAGUAGCUGCGCGAGAAGCGUGAGAAGAGGGGCAAAUCUCAAAUCCGAUUGCGAAGAAUAUUAAAAGCGCAACCCAUAUAACUUAAAAUCGUAAACUAUAGUUAACUCGCGAAUCUCGCGAUAAGCUGAAAAGCUCUGGGGACGAGGAUAAAGCUUAUGCAGUGCGUGUGACGUGACGUGAACGCAUUCCGAACAAAGUAAGGCCUUUUUGCCACGGAUAAUGCGCAGAAUAAUUAUGCCGUGCCAAUAAUUUGACCGCAUUUGGAGGUUUGACAUAUCUCCGUUGUUCGCUGUCCGCUUUUGUUGUUGUUUUAGUUUGUUUUAUAUACGUACUCACAUCAUGGCUAAUUCAUCUAUAACAGGAUGGAGACGAUUUUUGUCAAUGGAACCUCUGGCCUUUGCCCUUAUGUUCGCCUACUCUAUAUCAGACAGUUUGAUGACAGACCUGAUUGAGUACCAGACAUGCAAAAUAUUAAAAGGGCAGAUUUGAUAAGACAAGUGCAGCAGCACAUAGGACCAAUUCUGACAUCCAAAUCAUGCAUAGAAUUAAUAUUUCCAACACUGUUAGCUCUUUUUCUGGGUCCUUGGAGUGAUAAAAAUGGCAGGAAACCAUUGCUCAUUUUUCCAUUUAUAGGACAUGUUCUCUACUAUGCUGGAUAUGCAAUUUUGAGCACAUUCAACGUCAACCCAUAUUGGUUUUUAUUACCAUCUGUUCCAAUAUCUCUUUUAGGAGGAUUCUCUCCAAUUCUAUUGACAUUCUUUUGCUAUAUAACUGACUUCACUAACAAAGACAAUAGAUCCUGGCAUUUGGCAUGUUUGGAUACAGCGUUAUCUUCAGGAAUUCUUGUAGGAUUUCUUGUGGGACCUUUAAUAUUUAAAAAAUGUGGUUACAUCACAGUAUUUAGCAUAUCAUCAGGGAUAACAUUUUUGGCCUUGUUGCAUGUGUUAUUCUAUGUAAAAGAAACAGUAGUAACAGAUAGAAAAAGAACAUUAACAAGUGUAUUUAACUUUCCUUUGGUCAAAGAGUUAUUCACUAGUGUGACAAAGCAAAGAGAUGGAUUUGACAGAGGCUUAGUGUGGAGUUGUAUUGCUUACAUUGCAAUUCAUGUGAUUGUAAUGGAAGGAAAUGCAUCUAUUACAUUUUUAUUCACUAAUUUACACUUACAAUGGAGUGUCAUUGAUUAUUCAAUAUAUGCAGCUACUGGUAUUUUCAUAACUAUUAGUGGCAUGCUACUUCUAAUAAAAUUUGUUGGAUCAGUUUUAAAAUUACCAGAUGUAGUUGUUCUCACUAUAUCUUGUCUAUCAUAUGGUGGAAGUAAUAUGUUAAAAGCUUUCGUUAAAAAACCAUGGCAAAUGUAUUUAUGUGCAAGCAUUGGAAUGUUUGGUGCAUCUGCAAUACCAGUGAUAAGAUCUAUCAUAUCGAAAGCAAUUCCUCAAAAAGAUAUUGGAAAAGCUUUCUCUGUGACAACAAUAUUGGAAAUGUUACUUCCAUUUGCAACAACACCACUAUAUUUAUAUGUUUAUACACAUACUUUGGAUGUAUAUCCAUCUCCAGUUUGGUUUUUAUCCGGAGGUCUCCCUGUAAUCUUGUUAAUACUUGCAAUUAUUAUCAACAAAAGAUGGAGCACAUUUAAAAAGACUUUAUACAGUCCUUUUGUAUCAGUUGACAGUUCUUAAAUACUUUUUAUAUAUAUUUUUUUAACUUAUUAGUUAAUAUUAAGUUUAAUAUUAGUAUAUUUGAUAUUUUUCAAAGUUUAUUGUAUACAUUUGUAUACACCAUAAUCAAAUACAUUAUAAAUGCAUUAGCCAUUUAUAUCUGAAUGAAAUGAUCAUGGAUUAUUUUUUUAUUUUAAUUUAAAUGUGUCUUAAAAUUUGUUGUAUAAUUCUUAAAAAUUUAUAAGAAUUUUACAUAUUAGUUGUUAAGUUUUACUUUACAAAUUUUAUUUUUCUUGAUAUUUUUGCACUAUGUGAAAGAAAAACUAAAAAUUUAGGUAAAAUAUAAAUUAAGAAUUAGAUGACUAAAAUUCCCUGUGAUAAAACAAAAACAAUAUUGUAAUAAUAAUUUUACUUGUGAUAGCUGCAAUUCAUUGAGAAUAUGAUUUUUAUACAAUUUACAUCACAAUUUGUGUAGCUAGGCAAACUUAAAUAUAAUAACUUAUAUACAAUAAACAAAUAUGCAUUUUUUAAGCCUACAAAAUUUGGAAAUUGUUUUAAAUUUAGAUGAAAGUGAUAGAUUAGAAUUUUUUGUCAUACAGGGUAGUGCAACUCAAACUAGUAACCAAUAUGAAAUUCCUAGUAUUUGAUAAAAAUAUAUAUAAAUAUUUUCGAUGAAUAAAUUUAUAUGUAUAGUUUACAAAAAAAAUGUAAAUAUUAAAAAAAAAAAAUUCUUUCGAUACAUUAAUUGAUUAUAGAGUACUAAAUCAAUAAAAAUGAAUAUUUUAAACUAAAUAGUGAUAUUGAAUUUCAAAACAA